ACAAGCAAGCAGGCGGGACAUCCGUAUGUUGGGAAGGGCUGGGUUGUAGUGUUGUGGAUCCGUGGGAGCUGUUGCAUUUUGCAAUUAUCGGUCAUUGUUAUUGUAUUGUUUUAAUUUUGUGGCUACGUUCGCUAGCUGGUGAUCUUGAAGGACAUGCCUGGCAUUGACAAAUUACCAAUAGAGGAGACAUUGGAAGACAGUCCUCAGACUCGCUCAUUGCUGGGUGUCUUUGAGGAGGAUGCGGCGGCCAUAUCCAGCUACACACACCAGCUCUUCCAGGCCAUGCAGAGGAUCUAUGAUGCACAGAAUGAGCUCAGCGCAGCCACCCACCUAACAUCCAAACUGCUGAGGGACUAUGAGAAACAGCGCUUUCCCCUGGGGGGCGAUGAUGAGGUCAUGAGCUCGACGCUGCAACAGUUUGCGAAAGUCAUCGAUGAGCUCAGCUCCUGCCACGCGGUCUUGUCAACGCAACUGGCCGAUGCCAUGAUGUUCCCCGUCACCCAGUUUAAGGAGAGGGACUUAAAGGAGAUUCUCACCCUUAAGGAAGUCUUCCAGAUCGCAAGUGAUGAUCAUGAUGUGGCCAUUAACAAAUACAACAGGCUUUCUAAAAGAAAGGACAAUGAGAAGGUGCGCAAUGAGGUCACAGAGGAUGUGUACACAUCCCGGAAGAAGCAGCACCAGACCAUGAUGCACUAUUUCACAGCCCUGAACACCCUGCAGUACAAGAAGAAGAUUGCUCUGCUGGAGCCUCUGCUGGGAUACAUGCAGGCGCAGAUUAGCUUCUUCAAGCUGGGCUCAGAGAACCUGACCCAGCAGUGGGAGGACUUCCUGACCGACAUCAGCACCAGCGUGCAGAAUGUCCGCAGAGAGAUGGACAGUGAAGUCACCAUCAUGCAGCAGACCAUCCAGGACCUGGAGCAGGUCAGCGACAUCCUCUACCUACCUGACCCCGACCCCAGCAAGAUCCCCAUCAACCGGAACCUGACACGCAAAGCUGGCUACCUCAACACCCGCAACAAGACGGGCCUGGUGUCAUCUUCCUGGGACCGGCAGUACUUCUUCACCCAAGGGGGGAACCUGAUGAGUCAGGCUCGGGGAGACGUCGCCGGGGGCCUCGUCAUGGACAUCGACAACUGCUCCGUGAUGGCGGUGGACUGCGAGGACCGGCGCUUCUGCUUCCAGAUCACGUCUUUCGACGGCAAGAAAAGGACAAACCCAUUCGGGGAGUGUGGCGAUAAGCAGUCAGAGGACGGUGCGGACUCCAUCCUGCAUCAGCUGUACAUUGUGCAUUUCCUUGGCUCCAUGGAAGUAAGGGCCAUGGAUAAUUCGGACGUCAUCUAUGAGACAAUGAGGCAGAUCCUGGCCGCGAGAGCCAUUCACAACAUCUUCCGCAUGACUGAGUCCCACAUGCUGGUCACCUGCGACUGUCUCAAGCUCAUUGACCCUCAGACCCAGGUCACGCGACUGAGGUUCCCCCUGUCUAGCGUGGUGCUCUGCGCCUCGCACCAGGAGAACAAGCGCCUCUUCGGCUUCGUCCUGCAGACCGGAGCAGGGCAGACUGACGACCAGCCCGCCACUGUCUGCUACAUCUUCGAGUCCAACAAUGACGGGGAAAAGAUCUGUGACAGUAUAGGACUGGCAAAACAAAUUGCCUACCACUCCGAGAUGGGUCGCAAGGCCUCCGAGAAGCGGAGGGAGCUGGAUAAGGCCAAGGAGAAGCAGCAGGAGGAGCUGAACAAGCAGAAGCAGAUCGAAAAGGAUCUUGAGGAGCAGAGCCGCUUGAUAGCGGCCUCCAGUCGGCCCGGGGCCACCGGCAAUCCCGACAUGCAGUUCCUGGUCCUCAGCAAUAGCCAGUCGGAGGAUGGCGAGGUGGGCGAAGACGGGCAGAAGAAGGCAGAGUCUGAAGCCUGACUGCAGCGAGAGCAGCCGUGAUUGGUGGAGCCACCGGGUGUGUCCAGCGAGUCUCCACGGCGCCGCCAUUUCUGAGGGGGCAGAGAUGGGACAAGUUGCCCAGAACCCCACCCUGAGGAAUGAAUGACUUGUGGGCUCCAUGUCAGUGGGCUUUGGUUUUCUCUAUGAACCCAAUAUUUUUAUUCCAGUUUCUUUAACCAGAAGAUUUAUAAAAAGGAAAAAAAA